UUGGCUCGUUUGCCCUCCGCGGAGGGAAGAGAGAGGAAGAGGAGAGCUUUCGGAUUUGGCAGUGGCCGCACCAGGCGAGCAUCCCUCCUCUCCGGAGGAUCCGUCUCAUCGCGGAUCGGGCGGCCAGGGAAGGGCAGCCCCCACCCCCACCCCCACCAGGAAAGGGGACCUCCUCCCCCUCCCCCUCCUCCCUUCCUCGCGUGGGAGACGCAGCAGCAGCAGCAGCAUCAGUUCCAGCAUCCCGUCCAGGCGCCUCGCAAGGGAGGCUGUGCGUCUGGAGGCGGAGAGCGAAUUCUCCUUUCUUCUUCUCCUUCCUCCCGCUUUGUACCCCAUCGCAGCCUCCGCCGUGGGGUCUCCAGCCUCUUCCUCGUCGGCGGAGGGGACAAGCGCUUUCCUCGGCUUUUGCGGAGCCUGGAAAGGAGAUUUCCAAGCGGCAGCGCCAGUCUUGCGGGGGAAGGAACUAACGGAGGAGUGGAAAGGCCACCAUGGGGAGUCUGGAGGAGCAGGGCUUCAGCAUAUAUUUUCUGUGAAUCGUGCUGAAGAUAUACACGCUGCAAUGGUGACAUAAACUGCUAAACUGGACUGGGAAAUUUUUGAAACUUCUCUCUUCGAUCUAAAUGUUGCUGCUCUUGGAAACCAUCUAAGGAAUGACUUACAACAUGACUUUUGUUGUGAAACUACAUAGACAUUUUCAGCGAACAGUUAUACUGCUGGCCACUUUUUGUAUGGUGAGCAUAGUUAUUUCAGCAUACUAUUUAUACAAUGGCUACAAACAGGAAAAUGAACUUUCUGAGAUCAAUUCAGAGGUUGAAUGUGGAGAUCUUCCCAUCUUACAACCCUACAAGAUAACACCUUGGAAAACAGUAAAACCCACCAAUCCCCUAAGGACUGAUCCUGUAGUGCUGGUGUUUGUGGAAAGCCAGUAUUCUGCCCUUGGUCAAGACAUAGUAAUGAUUUUGGAAUCUAGUAGAUUCCAGUAUCAUAUAGAGAUUGCUUCUGGGAAAGGUGACCUUCCCGUACUUAUAGAUAAAAACAAAGGCAAGUAUGCUCUCAUAAUAUAUGAAAAUAUUUCUAAGUAUGUGAAUAUGGAUUCCUGGAAUCAAGGCCUUCUACAUAAAUACUGUGGAGAAUAUGGUGUUGGGAUGAUUGGGUUCCAUAAGAGCAGUGACAACACUUUGCAAACUUUUCGGUUAAAGGGUUUUCCUUUCUAUGUCCAUAGCAAUGUGGGAAUUAAGGAUUGUUGCAUCAAUCCUCAUUCUUCUCUGCUCCAUAUAACUAAAUCGUCUAAAUUUGAUAAAGGCUCUUUGCCUGGAAACGACUGGACUGUUUUCCACAUAAAUCAUUCAGCCUAUGAACCUGUUAUAUUUGCAAAGGUAAAAGCACCUGAAAACCUCCCUCCACCUUUAGUUAAAAAUGCUCUCCAUGCAACUAUCAUUCAUGACUUGGGUCUUCAUGAUGGGAUUCAGCGUGUCCUUUUUGGCAACAACUUGAACUUUUGGCUGCACAAGCUCAUAUUUAUAGAUGCUGUUUCAUUCUUGACUGGAAAAAGGCUUGUGUUGCCUUUGGAUAGAUAUAUUCUUGUUGACAUAGAUGACAUCUUUGUUGGAAAGGAAGGAACAAGGAUGAAAGCCAAUGAUGUUCAGGCUCUGCUUAAUACUCAGAAUCUUCUAAGAGCUCAAAUCUCAAAUUUCACUUUCAACCUGGGAUUUUCAGGGAAAUUUUACCACACAGGAACUGCAGAAGAAGAUGAAGGUGAUGACCUGUUGCUGGGGUCUGUGGAUGAAUUCUGGUGGUUUCCUCACAUGUGGAGCCACAUGCAGCCUCAUCUCUUCCACAAUGAAUCAUCAUUGGUGGAGCAAAUGAUUCUCAACAAAAAAUUUGCCUUAGAGCACGGCAUUCCAACCGAUAUGGGAUAUGCUGUGGCUCCACACCACUCGGGUGUCUAUCCUGUUCAUGUUCAACUUUAUGAUGCCUGGAAAAAAGUCUGGAAUAUUAAAAUCACAAGUACUGAAGAGUACCCACAUCUGAAACCUGCACGAUAUAGAAAAGGCUUCAUCCACAAAAACAUUAUGGUCCUUCCUCGACAAACUUGUGGUCUUUUUACACACACCAUUUUUUACAAGGAAUACCCAGGUGGUCCAAAAGAAUUAAACAAAAGUAUACAGGGCGGGGAAUUGUUCUUCACAGUUGUUCUCAAUCCAAUUAGUAUCUUUAUGACACACCUGUCCAACUAUGGGAAUGACCAGCUGGGUUUGUACACCUUUGUCAAUCUGGCCAAUUUUGUUCAGAGCUGGACUAACUUGAAGCUGCAGACACUUCCCCCAAUUCAACUGGCUCACAAGUACUUUGAGCUCUUCCCUGAGCAGAAGGACCCUCUUUGGCAGAAUCCUUGUGAUGACAAGCGGCACAGAGACAUCUGGUCUAAAGAAAAAACCUGUGAUCGUUUACCAAAAUUCCUGGUAAUUGGACCCCAAAAAACUGGCACAACAGCUUUGUAUUUGUUCCUGAUUAUGCAUCCUUCCAUCAUUAGUAACUCCCCCAGCCCCAAAACCUUUGAGGAGGUACAGUUCUUUAAUAGAAAUAACUACCACAGGGGGAUUGAUUGGUACAUGGACUUUUUCCCCACACCAUCCAAUGUCACAACAGACUUUCUCUUUGAGAAGAGUGCCAACUAUUUCCAUUCUGAAGAAGCCCCUAAAAGAGCAGCUUCUUUGAUUCCCAAAGCAAAGAUUAUCACUAUUCUCAUUGAUCCAUCAGAUCGAGCAUACUCCUGGUAUCAGCAUCAGAGAUCACACAAAGACCCAACUGCUCUAAAAUUCACCUUCUAUCAGGUGAUCACUGCUGGCCACCAUUCCUCACCUGACCUUAAGGCUCUGCAGAAGAAAUGCCUGGUACCUGGAUGGUAUGCCACCCAUAUAGAAAGAUGGCUCACUUACUUCCCAGCUUACCAGUUGCUAAUUAUAGAUGGACAGCAACUAAGAAAUGACCCAGCAAUCGUGAUGGAUGAAGUGCAGAAGUUUCUGGGAGUUACCCCUCAUUAUAACUACUCAGAAGCCCUAACCUUUGAUUCACACAAAGGGUUCUGGUGUCAGCUCCUGGAAGAAGGAAAGACAAAAUGCCUUGGAAAGAGCAAAGGCAGAAAAUAUCCUCCAAUGGAUUCUGAGUGCAGGGUUUUCCUGUCAAGCUACUACAGAGAUCAUAAUGUGGAACUGUCAAAGCUUCUCCACAAAUUAGGACAACCCCUGCCAUCAUGGCUGAGACAGGAGCUGCAAAAAGUGAGAUAGCACUGGGGGAAAGAAGCUUCCUAUAAGAGCUCUCCUUCACUUCAAACAUAAUCAGACCUAAAGUCUCCAGGAGCCAGCAGAAGACUGUUGGGAAAUAUGUCUCUUCAAAAGAGAACAAAGUAAUGAGGUUUGUGACAUGGGUUGGCAAACAGUCUACACAAGCAUCCUGGGAGAUAUGGAUUUCAGAACAAUUUCUGGGUUUACGAAGAUUUUAAUAGAGUACAAUAUACCAGAAGGUUCAUCUGUGCCAGACAUAUUAAAAUGGGAGCUUCACAGCUGUCCAGAAAUACCCCUAUAGUUACCACUCAUUUCAUUGGGGCUGCUACAAAAGAAUUUGAGAUGAUUGUGCCUAUGGAGUGUCGUGCAUACGUGUCAAUAACAACUGGUUUCAGUUUUCAAAAGCAAAGAUACACAACUGUCCAAAAAUAUUGUGCAAUUAUUUACAGUUUUAUAUAUUAUAUUCAUAUCAGUUGAAGAAUAUUGUGUCUCAUGUCAGUUUUGUAACCCACUGUCUGCCUGCUUAGUUUUCAAAUUGUUUGAUUACAAUGUGUCUUAUAUUAUUUUUUAAAGUGAGGAAAGAUGUAGCACCCAAUGCCAGAUGUGUCCUCUUUCCAAGUUGAUUUCUAAAAUGGAAACAAGUUUUGUAAAGAAUUCACGAUUUGGAAUGAAAGUACAAGUUUUUAGGAAUACACAAUUGGUGAGAAAUGGUACUGUUAGUUAAAUAAGCAGGAGGGAUCUACAGGAAAAAAUUACUUUAUGCAAUUGACAUGUGUGGUUAAAUCCUUUUGCCCCAAUCUAUAGAGCUAGGAAGAGCUGUAACACUGUGGACCCUAUAUUUUCAUGAAAAGAGUGCUGUUGGGAGAGAAACGUGUGUCACGACCCAGGCUGCAGGGCACCAAUAACCAUACACAGAGGCCAGAAUCUAUCUAAUAUCUUUAUUGAAGGAAUAUAUAAAGUUAAUAAAAACAAGUGUAGAAAAUAGUCCAGAAUUAGACCUUUCAGGAAAGGUCAGAAUUAGUCCAAAAAAGCAAUGUCCAAUAAGAAAUAUUAAGGUCCAAAGUUGUAAUCCAAUAACCGAAACACUCACUUUGCCAGGCAAAGUGAGGGGAGAUGACAAGGUCCUUUAGUCCAUAAACUUGAGCAAGGCUAGGAAAUAACUUGAUACUUGAAACAAGGCUUAAAACGUGGAACAAGGUAACUAGGAACAAGAACAAGGUCCGUGGAAUAACUUGGUAAAAUCCGUGGAACAAGGCAAGGAUUGAUCCUGGGAAACAAGGCAAAGUCCGUAGAUAAACAAAGGCUGGGAAGCAAGGCGAAGGCUGGAUAGCAAGGCAAGGCUUGAGCAGGAGCGAGGCUUGAAUCGGAGCGCGCUGUCCAGACACAACUCGCUCCGUAGGCUGACGAAUUGACUCCGCGAAGAUACUACGCGGGUAAAACACCUAAAUAGAGUCUAACUUUCCCACCGAAGCAGUACUCUGGGAAUCAGAAACGAAAGCUAAACUCUGAGACCAGAUGUUAAACUCCUUAAAGAUUCUCACGAGAAGCAGUCUUAAUUGGCUACAUUCUUAGCUGCAAUUCUUGCACUCCUGCGCGAAGCUGAUUCCAAACUUCUCUGUUGUUUACAAAACUCCCGGCGCAAGAACACGGGAGAAGUAGGUUCUGGGCUUGUUUGACAUACUUCUGGGAGACAACUUUCUUGCAGGUGCAAGGUUCCCAGAUCUGCCUGGGAAAGAUCUGGCUGAGAGGAAUCCAGUUCAGACUGGGAAGGUAAAAAACCCAAGUUUUCAUCUUCAUCAGGAAUUACAAUGUCCUGAGCAGGACUACAAGGCCCAUGGGUCAUCACACUAUCCCCCUCCUCAAGGCCCCUCCCAAACUGGGGCCCUCUCCCCGAAGCGCGAGGUCGCGGCUUGGCGGGAUAGGUCUGAUGAAAGCGACGGGUUAGAUCAGGAGCAUGGACUGUGGAGGCGUCUUCCCAAGAGCGUUCCUCAGGGCCAAAACCCACCCAGUCAAUGAGAUAUUGUAGGCGGCGGCGGUGAAAGCGAGAAUCCAAAAUGUCCUCAACCUCGAACUCCUCCUCCCCAUUCAUCAAAACAGGAGGGGGGGCCGGUUGGUCUGUAUCAGGACGCACACCAUCUGCCGGAAGGAGCAGGGAACGGUGAAACACUGGGUGAAUGCGCAUUGAACGCGGAAGUUGGAGUUUGAAAGUCACGGGGUUUAAUUGCGCCACCACUGGAUAGGGGCCAAUGAAACGGGCAUCUAACUUCCGGCAAGGGCGGUGGGUGGGCAGAAAGCGAGUGGACAGAAAAACCCGAUCUCCUACCUUGAUUUCGGGGCCCGGCUGGCGGUGUUUGUCAGCGUGGCGUUUAUAGUCCUCCUUGGCUUGGUCCAGUUGCUGGAGCAAAAGUUGUUGCACCGCUGUGAGUUCCUGCAGCCAAUCCUCUGCUGCGGGAACUUCUGUAGGUUCAAUGACAGGGGGAAAGAAACGUGGAUGGAAGCCGUAGUUUGCAAAGAACGGCGUUUCUUUUGUAGAAGCUUGAACUCCAUUGUUGUAGGCAAACUCAGACAGUGGUAACAGAGAAGCCCAAUUGUCCUGUUGGUAGUUUACAUAACAGCGAAGAUACUGCUCCAAAGUGGCAUUGGUGCGCUCCGUUUGCCCAUCUGUUUGGGGAUGAUGAGCUGAAGAUAAGCGAGAGUCUAUGCCCAAUAGUUUUUGUAGUGCCUUCCAAAAACGAGAGGUGAAUUGAGAUCCACGGUCUGUGACUAAACUCUUGGGCAAUCCAUGUAGUCUGAAAACAUGUUGAAGGAAUAGAUCCGCAGUCUCUUUGGCCGUGGGGAGGCCUUCGCAGGGAAUGAAAUGGGCUAACUUGGUGAAAAGGUCCACCACCACUAAGAUCGUGGUGAAUCCACAGGAAGGUGGUAGGUCAGUGAUGAAAUCCGCAGAAAUUAUUUCCCAUGGGCGAGAUGGGGUAGGAAGGGGGUGUAGAAGCCCUGAGGGCUUCUCCCUUCUUAUCUUGGAGCGCUGGCAUACUGGGCAGGUGUUGACAUAUUUUUCCACAUCCUUGCGGAUCUUGGGCCACCAAAAAUCCCUUAGGAUCAGAUGCAUGGUUUUAAAUAGUCCGAAGUGUCCUGCUGGUUUGCAGUCAUGACACAGACGAAGCGCUUUUUCCCUGCCCGGUCCGGGUGGGAUAUAAACAUGAUUUCUAUAGCAAAGCAGCCCAUCCUUAAGCGAAAAGGGGAAGUGCAAACCUUGGCGAAGUUGGUCCUGCGCCCAGGCAUCUGCUUGCUGACUAGCCCUGAUUUCUUGAGCACAGAGGGGUCCUGGAGUAGAGGAAGCUGAACCAAUGGGAAUGGAUUUGGUGUUCCCCACUGUGAGCGUGGCAAAGUUCCCGGGUUGUAAUAGUUGGGAUUCAAGGGUCUCCUUGCGUCCUGCAGCGUAUUCCGGUUUACGUGACAGGGCGUCUGCUUGCUUGGUCUGGGCUGGGGUCACAUAGUGAAUCUGGAAGUCGAAACGUUCGAAGAAUAAAGCCCAGCGUUGCUGCCUCUGAUUUAGUUUGCGGGCAGUUCUUAGAUGUUCUAGAUUACGAUGAUCAGUGUGGACUUCAAUGGGAAAUUUGGCCCCUUCUAGCCAAUGUCUCCAAGUUUCAAAGGCUGCCUUUAUGGCCAGUAGUUCUUUUUCCCAAAUGGUAUAAUUCCUCUCUGGUGUGGUUAGUUGACGAGAGUAAAAGGCACAGGGAUGGAGGUGAUCUCCCACCGGUUGUAAGAGUACAGCCCCGAUAGCCACAUCAGAGGCGUCCGCUUGCACAACAAAAGGGGUUCCAGGAUUUGGGUGCUGUAGAAUUGGCUGGGAGGUGAAUAGUUUCUUUAGUUGCUGGAACCCUUUCUCUGCUUGAUCAGUCCAGCGGAAAGGCUGCUUUCCACGGAUGCAGCUAGUGAUGGGGUCGGACCAGCGGGCAAAAUCUGGAAUGAACUUGCGGUAAUAGUUCGCGAACCCCAAGAAACGCUGUACCUCUUUCUUGUUAGUUGGCGCCCGCCAUUCCAAUACUGCUGAAACCUUGGCUGGAUCCAUGGAAAGGCCUAGAGGCGAGAUGCGGUAACCAAGGAAAUCUACCUCUUGUAGAUCAAAGGCGCAUUUUUCCAGCUUGGCAUAUAGUCCAUGAUCCCGCAAUCGUUGUAGCACCAUUUUGACGUGGUUCUCAUGUUCUGAUUGUGAUCUAGAAAACACCAAAAAAUCGUCCAGGUAGAUUAUCAAGAACCUGUCUAGAUAGUCCUGAAAAAUGUCAUUGACAAAAUGCUGGAACGUUGCGGGAGCUCCGCAUAAACCGAAAUUCAUAACUCGGGACUCGAAUAAUCCGAAUUUGGUCUGGAAGGCGGUCUUCCACUCGUCCCCUUCCCUGAUGCGAACUAAGUUGUAAGCCCCCCGAAGAUCCAGCUUGGUGUAAACCUUGGCUCCUCGAAGCCGAUCCAGUAGAUCCGAGAUUAAGGGCAGGGGAUAGCUGUUCCGCUUGGUGAUAUUGUUCAAUGCUCUGUAGUCCACCACCAAGCGUAGUUCCCCUGACUUCUUCUUCACAAACAUCACUGGGGAGGCGGCUGGGGAUUGAGAGGGUCUGAUGAAUCCCUUGCGAAGGUUUGUCUCUAUGAAUUCCCUGAGAGCUUCUUGCUCUGGUUCAGUCAGGGAGUAGAGAUGCCCUCGCGGGAUCGGGGCCCCCUCCACCAAGUCAAUGGCACAGUCAUAAGGUCUAUGUGGGGGUAAUUUUUCGGCUUCUUUCUCAUUGAAUACAUCCCAAUACUCGGAGUACUUCUUUGGCAAGGUGAUGAUGGGCUCGGUGUCUGUGGCAUGGCAGACCUUGGCUACGAGGCAAUGGUUUUGGCAGUACUGUGAAGCAAACUGCAGUUCUCUGUUGAACCAGGAGAUGUUAGGGUCGUGGAGAGUCAGCCAUGGGAUUCCCAAAAUCACAGGGAAAUGGGGAACCUCGGUAACAAAGAAGGAAAUCUCUUCCAUGUGUUCCCUUAUCCACAUCCUGGUGGGUUCCGACCACUGACUUACGGGGCCCGUCUUGAGGGGGCGGCCGUCUAUGGCUUGCACCACACGGGCAUUCUUGAAAUCAUGAUAUUGUAAUCCCAGAGAGUCGGCAUACUCUCUAUCAAUGAAAUUGUUGGUAGCUCCAGAGUCUAUCAUGGCGUGGAUCAUGACGGGUCCCCUUUUUGCUGACCAUAAUGUGACCACGAGAAGGAACAGGACCCCGGUUGGCGGCUCUUGAAUGGAUUUUUUGACCGGGUUGGCGAGCCUCUCUACACCCGGUCGUUGGCUUCCCCCGCCGGCUGUGUGCCAGUCGGCUCAGACGCCUUCGUCUCCGUGGAGGACGCCGCCGCAAGACGGGCGGCAGGCUUCCCUUUGGCUGGGCACUCUCUGGCGAAGUGGCCCCCGUUCCCGCAGUACCAACAGAGGUUUAAGCGUUGACGACGGGCCUUCUCGGCGGCAUCUAGUCUGGGACGCACAUUGCCCAACUGCAUCGGCACCUCCUCGCCUCCUCUGGGGUAUGGGGUUGGCGGUGGGGGUCUCCACACUGGACGUGGCUGAACGCUGGCGGGAGCGGGGGGUUUUGCCCCGGCUCUACUGCCCUGGCCUCGAACCCACUGUUUCCUGUUGGCAAUCAUGACUUCAGCCCGUAAACAUUGAUCAAUGAGUGCCUCGAGGGUCUGGGGAGGAUCCACCUUGGAGAUUUCUUCCAGCAUUUCAAUGUUGAGACCCUCCCGGAAUUGUCCUCUGAGGGCUACAUCGUUCCAGCCGGUGUUGUGGGCCAGCACUCGGAACUCGGCUAUAUACUGGGACAUAGGUCUGUCUCCUUGGAAAAGGCGACGGAGUUUGUGACCGGCUGCCUCCAAAUUGUCCUCGAUUCCCCAAGUCUCCUUGAGGUGGUCCAAGAAGUGUUGCGCUGAUCUUAGGUGUGGAGAGGCUUGGUCGAACAGUGCCGUCGCCCAGUUGGCCGCUGGCCCGUCUAGAAGACUGUAAACCCACGCCACUUUGAUGUCUUCUUGGGGAAACUCGGCAGCACGGGCCUCUAGAUAAGCUUGACAUUGGCGACGGAAAACAUGAACCUUGGAAGCUUCUCCAGUAAACUUGGUUGGCAACGCCAUGGCCGGAAGACGAAUUCCGCGUUCCUUCAAACCCUUUAUUUCUCCAUCCUGUGCAUUGAGCUUAUCACGGAUUCGGUCCACCUCAUCCUUGUCGAUGGUGUAGGUAAUCGGCUGGCCGCUCGGCCCAGGUACGACUCCGGUAGACAUUCUGGCCGAGGUUAAUUGGUGCUUAGGGUGGCGGAGUCAAACUGUCACGACCCAGGCUGCAGGGCACCAAUAACCAUACACAGAGGCCAGAAUCUAUCUAAUAUCUUUAUUGAAGGAAUAUAUAAAGUUAAUAAAAACAAGUGUAGAAAAUAGUCCAGAAUUAGACCUUUCAGGAAAGGUCAGAAUUAGUCCAAAAAAGCAAUGUCCAAUAAGAAAUAUUAAGGUCCAAAGUUGUAAUCCAAUAACCGAAACACUCACUUUGCCAGGCAAAGUGAGGGGAGAUGACAAGGUCCUUUAGUCCAUAAACUUGAGCAAGGCUAGGAAAUAACUUGAUACUUGAAACAAGGCUUAAAACGUGGAACAAGGUAACUAGGAACAAGAACAAGGUCCGUGGAAUAACUUGGUAAAAUCCGUGGAACAAGGCAAGGAUUGAUCCUGGGAAACAAGGCAAAGUCCGUAGAUAAACAAAGGCUGGGAAGCAAGGCGAAGGCUGGAUAGCAAGGCAAGGCUUGAGCAGGAGCGAGGCUUGAAUCGGAGCGCGCUGUCCAGACACAACUCGCUCCGUAGGCUGACGAAUUGACUCCGCGAAGAUACUACGCGGGUAAAACACCUAAAUAGAGUCUAACUUUCCCACCGAAGCAGUACUCUGGGAAUCAGAAACGAAAGCUAAACUCUGAGACCAGAUGUUAAACUCCUUAAAGAUUCUCACGAGAAGCAGUCUUAAUUGGCUACAUUCUUAGCUGCAAUUCUUGCACUCCUGCGCGAAGCUGAUUCCAAACUUCUCUGUUGUUUACAAAACUCCCGGCGCAAGAACACGGGAGAAGUAGGUUCUGGGCUUGUUUGACAUACUUCUGGGAGACAACUUUCUUGCAGGUGCAAGGUUCCCAGAUCUGCCUGGGAAAGAUCUGGCUGAGAGGAAUCCAGUUCAGACUGGGAAGGUAAAAAACCCAAGUUUUCAUCUUCAUCAGGAAUUACAAUGUCCUGAGCAGGACUACAAGGCCCAUGGGUCAUCACAACGUGCCUGAUUUUUUUUUUUUUCGUGUCAGGAGCAACCGGAGUUGCUUCUGGAGUGAGAGAAUUGGCAGUCUGCAAGGACGUUGCCCAGGGGACGCCUGGAUGUUUUUGAUGUUUUACCAUGCUUGUGGGAGGCUUCUCUCAUGUCCCCGCAUGGAGCUGGAGCUGAAAGAGGGAGCUCAUCCACGCUCUCCCCAGGUGGGAUUCAAACCUGGCAGCUUUCAGGUCAGCAACCCAACCUUCAAGUCAUGAGGCUUUUAUCCCCUAGGCCACCGGAGGCUCCACGCCUGAAUUGAUUCUCUGUCUAUCCAGCAAUUAAUGGAGCAGGGACUCUGCAUUUAGCUCAGGGCCAGCACUGCAAAUUCAACCCAAGUUAAGAUUCUUCCUAAUCAUUUUCUCUUAUGUAUUUCAUUUAAGUUUGUAGCAUCAGGGCUUUGGGUGCUGUAGGAAACAAGGCAUUAACACCACUCACUAGGUUGUUUUAUUUGCAUAGAAGAACUUGUAAAACUAUGCAAAUGAACCAAACAUGCCCUAUGUUUUUUGUGAAGUAAAAUUAUUUAAAAGAGUAGAAUCCAAACCCAUACAAGUGUUGCAUACAUCAGACUGUGAAAGUAUAAUGCCACUGCAAUAUUUGUGAUGUCUAUGCAUUUCUUUGGCUAUCUUUUGUCACUGCCUGGGAUAAGUAAACACAUAUUCUAGAUGUUUUCAGUUGCCUGUAAUGGGAAAAUAUGCCACUGACAUCAGAUUUAUCUGUCAUCAAUAGAAGAAGGAUUAUGAUUUAUCACCUUAAAUCAGUGGUUCUCAACCUGUGGGUCCCUAGAUGUUUUUGGCCUACAACUCCCAGAAAUUCCAGCCAAUUUACCAGCUGUUAGGAUUUCUGGGAGUUGAAGGCCAAAACAUCUGGGGACCUACAAGUUGAGAACCACUGCCCUAAGUCACUGCCUUAAAUAAUCCGAUUUAGUAAUUUACACUAUUACUUUUGUCUAUGUUGGUUGAUAUUUUGGUUGGGUUUUUUCUUCAGUGCAAUCUUAAAUGCUUAAAAGUAUAUGAAGUGACUCAGUUUUUAUUAGAAUGUGCUCAGACUUUAGAAGGUAUUAGGCUUAUAAACACAUUCUAUAGCCAUUAUUCUGAUUUUCUAUUUUUUUCCAUUAUAGUUGCCCUUCUAUAUCCAUAGAUUCAACUAUCUACAGCUUGGAAAUACUAAAAAUAAUCCAAAAAUAAACCUUGAUUUCCCCAUGUCAUAUAAGGAGCUUGAGCAAACACCAAUGUUGGUCAUGGACAAAUGCCAGCAAAUACCGAGGGUCCACUGUAUUUAAAACCAUUUACUGUCUUCCUGAAAAUUAGCUAUUUAUUCAGUUCAGACAUGAAAUAACUCAUAUUGUUUCUGAAUAGGCUUGUAUUCCAUUGCACUGCAAAAACAUUCAAAAAUUCAGAAUGGCAUUUAAUAAAUUUUCUUUCUUUAAAUGGCAGCUCAAAUCCCAGCAUAUAUUUUUAGAUAUUUAAUUUAACCUAGGUAUUUCUUGUGGAAGAGACAUUGAAAGUUGCCUAUCUGAAACAGUUGUGCUAGUAGGAAAUGAGUAUGGUUAUUUGUAGCAAGUAUUAAUGGGAAAGAAAAAGAAAAACAAACCAAAAAUGGAUGUCAGUCACUCAAUCCAAGCAAACAGCACGGUUCCACUGCAUUAUUUGCCUAGUCCUAUACAUAAGGAAAAAGAAGUGGAAGCAAUCUUCAGAAUAUAUUGUACAGAUUAUACUUUGAUAUUGCUGAAAAAUGUGAAGCUUCCUCAGGAAGAGUAAGAUAGAUAUUUCUGUGUUUAUAGAUGUAAUAUUCUUCUCAUUCAUAUUGAAUGAAAAUUGCUGGAAAGGUUUUUUCUCCAUUUUUUAAAAAAUAAAAUACAAAACUAGACAUUAUUCUGAUAGUGGCAUGAUUUCUGUUGUGCAACAAUAAACUCUGAUAAGAAAAUGUA